AUGGAUGAAGGUGCAGAGUCCGAUGAUGCUGUCAUUAUUGUGGAGAACGAAGCAGAGAGCAUGCCAGUUCAGGAGAACACGAACGCCUGCAACGAGCGGACAGGCACCUUGAAUUUUCUGGACACUUGUCCCGUGUGUCAUUUAAACUUUCACAGUCGAGAACCAAAACUUCUGCCAUGUCUCCACUCUUUUUGUAAGAAGUGUUUGCCGUCAGCUUCCAGGAAUUUGGCCAUGCCAGACACCAACAGCUCGACGAAACCACUGAAUGUGAUUCGCUGUCCGGUGUGCAGACAGGAGUGUAUGGAGGUGGACGUGAUGGAGAACUUCUUUGUGAGGGACUCAGUGGAGGCUUCCAGCAGCACCGUGGAGAGGACUGUUCAGCUGUGUAUGAGUUGUGAGGACAACACAGAGACUACAGGUUUCUGUGUGGACUGUGUGGAGUUCAUGUGUGCCACCUGCGUGGAGGCCCACCAGAGGGUCAAGUUCACCAAAGACCACACCAUCAGACAGAAGGGGGAUGUAUCUCAAGAGUCUGUGGGUGUUUCCACUCAUAGGCCAGUGUUCUGUGAAGUCCACAAGCAGGAGCCCCUGAAGCUGUUCUGUGAAACCUGUGAUCUACCAACCUGUCGAGACUGUCAGCUACUCAAGCACAAGGACCACAAUUACCAGUUUCUGGAGGAUGCCUAUAAGAAUCACAAACAUUACAUGGAGGAUAUGAAUCGUCAACUGCAGGAAAAAAAGAAGAUAAUUGAAGAUGUGUCAAACUCCAUAAACAAUGGACUCCUUCAAGUUGAUGAGAACCGCAUAUCAGUUCACAAUGAAAUCAAGAAGUCGAUCUGUAGUCUGAUACUAGAGAUCAACAGAAAGGGAAAGAUUCUUGUCAAUCAGCUUGAGGGCCUGACAAAGGAUCAUGAGAGCGGUCUGAAGAAGCAGAAGGAGGAUAUUGGCUAUCUGUCCAGACACCUGGAUCACGUGAUCAACUUCACAAAAUGGGCGACAGCUAGGAACGGCGGCACAGCUCUCCUGUACUGCAAACGUUUGAUUCUGUUUCAGAUCGGAAACCUCCUGCGGGCUAAAUGCAAUACCUCGUUUGUACCGCAGAGCACUGUGCGUUUCCAGUGUCGGUCAGGCUUCUGGGCUUCAAAUGUCGAUCUGGGCUCAUUAGUGGUGGAGAAUGUCCCAGGCCCCCAGCUGGGCGGCUUCCAGGGCAUCCCUCAUCAACUCCACCAUCCUGGGCAGGGCCCCUCAGGCUCCCCCAACAGCCUGCCCCCAGGCCUCUCACAGCCCCGCCUGGCCCCCCACAACCACAACACCCUGGCUCAGCUCCAGAUGCAGGUGGAGAAACUAGCCCAACAGCCUCACUGGCAGCCCCAGACCCCACCCUGGGCCUGGUACCAGAGCAUGCGGCUCCAGAGACCCCCUCCAGGGCCCCUCCAGGGUGGCUCUCCCUCCCAGAGUCUCCCCCCCAUGCCCCAGCAGGGCCGGAGGUUCAUUGCCCCCCCUGCAAUCCAUCUCAGUCCCACCAGCACCCUGCCAAGUCCUGGAUAUCCUCCCCAGGCUGUCCAAUCACUGAGAGGCCUGGUGAGCAGCCCCAGCAGCUAUGCACUCAAACACAUGGACGUAUUCAACCCAAUGCCUCACUUCUCCCACAAUGCACCACUGCCUAGCAACGGCAGCCUCAGUUCUCCUCACUUGCGACAGCACCAGGCACCUGCCACUUACCACAGGACUGUUUCUUGGAAACCUCUGGAGACGCAGCAGAAGGCGUAUGGAGCUGGGGGAUCAGCUGCCAAGAGGAGACGAAGGUCAUCGCCUGGACCCAUCAUCAUCAUCAAAGACGAGCCAGAGGACGAAAUCAGCUGUGUACAGGGUAACCUGAGAGCCAACCUCCCAGACAGUAGCACGGGGGUCCAGGCCCAAACCUGUCGGCAAGAUGGAGGGGAACAACAAGCCCAGAUUUCUCCUCCAGAAGAGGACCCUAAUGAGGAUUGGUGUGCUGUGUGUCAGAAUGGAGGAGAGCUGCUGCUGUGUUGUGACAAGUGUCCCAAAGUCUUCCACCUCUCCUGCCACAUCCCCACCCUCUUCAGAUUACCCAGUGGGGAGUGGUUCUGCUCAUUCUGCCGUGACCUGUCAGUGCCUGAGGUGGUGUAUGACUGUGACAUCAGCAGAUUAGAGCCCAGAACAGUGAAGGAGGAACCAGACUCUGAGGGAGGAUUCUGCCCUGUGGACAAACGGAAAUGUGAGAGACUGUUGCUGAAGAUGUACUGCAGUGAGCUCAGUGCUGACUUCCAGGAGGCUAGAUCCCCCUUGAUAAUGCCAGAGAACCAGGAGACCCCAAAGACGCCGAUGGUUCUGUCCAUUGUGAAGAGCAAGCUGGAAUCCAAGCAGAGCCCCUGCUACCAGACACCUUCUGAGGUUGUAUCAGACAUCCGACUCAUCUUCAGGAACUGUGCAGCAUUCAAUGAGGCUGACACUGAGGUUGCCACUGCAGGCAGAAACCUGGAGAGGUUCUUUGAGGAGCAGCUGAAGUUCCUCUACCCUGAACGGAUUUUUCCAAAGGUCAAGUCUGAGGUCAUCAGUUCUGUGACCCCUCCCGUCUCUCCUCCCCCUCCCACAACGCCUGAUGAGAGCUCCCAGCAUGCAAAGCAUCAGCGCAGGUGCUCUGAGACCCAGGAGUUGUGUACUCCUACUCCUGCUCAGCUAAGCUCACCAAAGGGAGAGGAAGAGGCCGUAUAAGCGUGCACAUCGUCAUCUCAUCAACUUUUAUCAGUCAAUAACACUGCCAGUACUAGCCUAUACUAGUAAUUAAUCUUAUUCUCUGAGAAAGUCUGACUUUCUUAAUGUGCCAAAAUACUCCAUGUUCUGUGAUCGAAUCAUUUUGCACAAAAGAACAGUGAAGCAGGGUACCAAAACCCUUUCCUCCUCCUACUAUACCUGCUUAAGACUGGUUUACAUUAAUGCUGUACUAAUAUAGUGUUGCUAUGACUAAAGACCCUGAGUAUCAAAUAUGAAAACAGAAGGUGUUCGAUUAUCCAGCAGCCUGUGUGGAUACGGUUCUUGUAAAAGGGUUUGGGAUCCUUCUGGGGAAUAGGAACUGUUACAAGGUUAAUCCAGGUUAGUCAAGUGAAAACACGUCAAAGGUAUCAAACCAGCCUGAUAAAACAUACGAUUAUUUCAGUUGUUAUUGCAAGACUGUAUGAAGUGUAGGUUUCAUGAACAUGUCAGCUGUGCGAGGUCUAGUUGCUCAGGCCUACGGUAGCCUUGACUCUAGUUUACAGUGUGAUGGCUGGUAGCAUGACACGAGGCCUACUUUAUUAAUCGCAACAAUAGAACUUCAUCUUUGUUCCCUCAUUGUUUUGUCAUUGAGCCAUUCAAUGUGUCAUGUAUUUAUAUUUGACAUUGUUGUAGUGAUUUUUAUGCAGUGUAUGUAAAUAUUUACGAUGAUCAUUAACUUAAACCAGGCAAGUAAAUAUUCAACAAAAUGCGUUUUGUUUCUCAUGCAGUCCCAAAUAACCUGUCGUUUGCCAUGUUUUCUCAUGACUUCAUACCAUCGCUACUUAUGAAAACCAAAAUAUUUUAUUCAUAAAAAAUACUUCUUGCAUGCAAGUUUACUUGCAGCU